GUCUUUUAAGACUGGUCUCAGGGGGGAGAGAGAGAGAGAGAGAGAGAGAGAGAGAGAGAUGGAAGUGGAGGGAGAGCCGGCGAAUGGGGAAACCAACGGGGAGAUUCUGGGGCCUUGCUUGACCAGCCACGUGGACGACGGCAGCGCGGAGAGCCACCGAUACUACCUGUCACGGAGAACGGUGCUGGAGAUGCUGAGGGACAGAGGCUAUUCUGUUCCCGCCUCCGAAAUCGACCUCUCUCUCCAAGACUUCCGCUUCCUCCACGGCCCAACUCCCGAUAUCGAGCGCCUCCGCUUCUCCGCCACUCAUUGCGCCGACCCUUCCGACAGGAUGCUGGUCAUUUACUGUGGCCCUGGUAUCGUGAAGGUUAAUGUGAUUCGUGGGCUACAUUCUCAGAUUGCUAAUAAGGACACUUUGACGGGGCUCAUAUUAAUUACCCAAAACCAAGUAACAAACCAAGCUCUAAAAACUCUGGAGCUUUAUCCGUUCAAAACUGAAAUAUUCCAGAUUACCGACUUGCUUGUUAAUAUCACGAAGCAUGUCUUGAAGCCAAAGCAUAGGGUGCUGACGGACAAAGAGAAACAAAAACUCCUAAAGAAGUACAACAUAGAAGAAAAGCAGCUUCCCCGACUGUCACGAAAAGAUGCAAUUUCAAGGUACUACGGACUUGAGAAGGGGCAGGUAGUGAAAGUUACUUACAGUGGUGAUAUUACCGAGUCUCAUGUUACAUACCGUUGCAUCUGGUGAUGCCUUCUUCUGGGUGCACUUUUGUAUCAUAUCCUUUUGAGGAAUGUGGCCUUUCUAGUUUCCAGUGUCUAGUUUAUGUGAUGUCAUGUAUUUUCAACCUUGACGAUCAGAAACCUUUUUAUUUCGUAUCAUGUCUGUCAUAUGGAUAAAGAAUUUCAUUUCUCGGUCCGGCCGUAGCUAAUGAAUGGUUGAUUCCUGAUUCUGGUAA